CGAAGGUAAACAUACUGCAAGAGAUUCUCGAUAAAUUAAGCGUCAAAGUAAACUAAGUUUCGAUAGUGCAGAGGCUUAUUCGUGCGAGUUCACAUCGGCCACCGUUCCGGCAAACACUUUCCCGGAAUAUUAAUCGCAUCGAUGAAACUGUAUUUCUCUCCUUUACGCUGCCUUCAGCGUGCUCUUCCAAUAAAAUCACAACGGGGACUCAACGCGAGCGUACUCGAGUACUUGAAGCCGGAAGCAGUACUCAGCGAGGAGAACCGGAAGUACUUUAUCGGGAGAUUCAAAGCUCGUAAAUCUAAGAAAGAAUUGGACGAGAAAAUAUCGCGAGCAGCUAUCUUGGUACCAUUAUGCAAGCACGAAGGCGAACUGGGAUUCUUGUACACUCUGAGGUCCACAAAAUUGACCUCGAAUCGGGGACAAGUUUCAUUUCCUGGUGGUAUGUACGACGACGAGGAUCGUAACCUUGAGGAAACUGCGCUACGCGAGACCUGGGAGGAGCUUAACAUCCCAAGAGAGAAGAUCGUUGUUUGGACUUCCGGUAACAUGAUCGACAAGAAGAACGUUCAUGUGUUGCCCGUUUUCGGCUACAUUGGCGAGGUCGAUCCGAAUAAGCUGCAAAUUAAUACCCGCGAAGUAGAAGAGGCAUUCUUCCUUAGCCUAAGAAACCUUUGCGAUCCGUCUCUAUGUCGCUUCACUCAUUUCCGUAACAAUUACACGUUGCCAGUUUAUUUGGGCGGGAAACACCGCGUCUGGGGUUUCACCGCAGCAGUAACGCACAUGACUUUAAACGCUCUUGUACCUGACGCGUAUAAACAUAAACUCCCGUAUCUGUGGCCAAUUAUCCCGCCGAUCAAAGAUAAGCCCAAAAAUAACGGUCAUUCGUGAAAUUAUGUAUAGAAUCUGUACUUUCCGUUCUGCUACGUGUAUACUGUAACUGAU